AUGCGACAGUUGCUCGUCGAGGCUGCUGCUGAGGAAGCUCGUCGACAGUUGCAGCCGGAACUCUCUGCACAGUCUGAAGAGGCUCUUGCUCGCAUGCGAAGUGCUGCAGAAAGCAAGAAGCGCCGCUUGAGUGGUGGCCGACCUCGGAACGUCGGCUCUCAAAAGCGCGUUCGCCGACGUGAGCGACCUUUGGCUGUCAGGGUCCGCAUCUCUCGUCAGAUGCUGGCAGAGAGGCCUGCUUUUGCCUCUGACAGGGACUUUGUGGCUGCCAUGUCCAAGAAGCUGGGCCUCGCAAGAAAAACCGUGCAGAAGCUCUGGGCAGACCACGACAGCACCGAAGCUCUAGUGAAAAAGCGACGGCUCAGCUUGAACCCGGAGAAGCACUCUGCAAGCAAAGGCACUCGAAAGACCGCCUCUGACCGGCGCUUUCGCGGCUUUCGCCGCCCUGGUGGUGGCAAGAAGGAGCUCUUCCCGCAAGUGACUCUCUCUCUGAAGCUCUGGUUCGAGGAGCAGAGAGCCUAUGGUCACACUGUGACCAGAAGAGUUCUCUUGUCUAAGUGGCAGGUUCUCACGGAGGAAGAACUCUUGCGCCUUCGAACUCUAGCAGACUCUGCCUUGGACUCAGCGGAACGCUCUAAGUACGAGCUCUUAAGACAGCGAGGCCAGGCGGCUCUUGACUCUGUCUCCAAGGACUCUGGCAAGAACAGGCUCCGCCAGCUCCUCCACAAGCUGGGCUGCUCUCUCCUCGUGCCUGACCUCACAACCAAGCUCUCAGCUGAAGAAGAGCGAGUCCGAGCUGCUCUGACGUACCAGAGCUUUGACCGCAUGCUCUGGGUUGCUGCCUUCUCGGAUCUCGAGGAGCUCUCUGAGAAGGUCAUCGCUCCCAAGAAGUUCCGGGACUCUGUGGAGAACCUGGUCUGCCUUUUCUCCGACCAGAUACCUCUUUGGGUGAAGAGUGGACAGGAGCGAGAGCUCUUUGCCUCUUGGGAACGGCAGCCGUGCUCUCAAGCAGAGCUCCGCCACAAUCUGGAGGUUGCACACCAAGCCUCUCUGGAGCAAAGAGGCAAAUCUUUGCCAUCUUUCGAGGCUGCGAAGCCCUCUGCCAAGGCAAAAGCUUCCUCUGGCCAAGGGCAAAAGAGGGCUCUCAAGGAGGACCAGCACUCGAGAUACCGCAUCACCUACGAGGCGCGCCAAGCUCUCUAUGGCCUCUGCACCUCCAAACCUCAAGCCCAGCUCUCUGGCGCGGUUCUUCCAGGACUCAUUGUGGUGCAUGGUGUCCACGCCAGGCUCUCCAACAUUGAUAGCUCUGGUCGCUUCAUUGUGGAGGAGUCUUUCUCUUGGAAGGGCAAGCAGGUGGUCCGCUCUGCGAAGUCGUACGCCGGGAAGAUCCUGCUCUCGUGGCGUCAGGCUCGCGACAAGGACCCUCUUCUCUUCGAGCAAGUCUCUGUGAUGUCUCAACCCUCGGCCAAUGUCGACUCUAUCAUCUUCAAAUGGAGUCAGGAAGAGCUCGCAAAGGUCUCUGUCGUGGCUCUGCAUCAGAGAGAUGCCUUUGCGGGGGCCUGGACGACCUCUGCAACAGAGUCCCUCUACGCGAGCAACCACCUGCAGUGCCUCUUGGCACCCAAGCUAACUGCCUCUCUGCAGUUAACUGACACGGACUAUGCUCGGUCGUUCAAAGCUCUCUGCAGAGCCGAGAUGGAGUCUCUCAGGAGCUCGGGACAGCAGGCUCUUCUUGCUCAGGGCUCUCGUGAACCCUGGCAGGCUUCGCCUCUCGACAUGGUGAAGGCCAUUGUCUCUGCUCAGACAACUCUUCGGCAAAGGAACGAGAAGAACUCUUGGGUGGUGGCAGGACUCCGCCGCAACGGCAUCCUCGCCUACAAGGCUUCUCUCGCCGAGCAGAAACUCGUUCCCCUCUCCUCUGAGGAAGUCGGAGGUGUCCAAAUGGGCUUCUCGACCUUUUUUGUUGGUUCAUCAACCCUUUCUCUUUUCAUUAAACAUUUUGAGGUUGAACUCUUUCAUUGCUUUUGGAUUCGCAGAGGCUCUGAGCGGAUCGAUGUCUCUUGGCUGAGAGAUCGCUUUCUCUGGGUGGACAAGAAUCUUGUUCCUCUGAAGCCAGACUUCAGCCUCAUCACGGCCUCUAAAGAGCUGGCGGACCUCUACGAGUGGGACUUUCACAAUCCCGCCUCUGCGCCAGAGGAGGACCAAGCUCUGAUGGACAUCUCGGAACUGCCCUCUGAGCUGCAGCUGCCAUGCAUCGAAAGUGGGCUCUUGCGCCUUCCUCUCGAACUGCAGCUUGCAGCUCAACGCCGCUCUAUCUCGACACCUGUCUCUGUGAAGGACAAGAAAGCCUCUAGGAGGUACGCGAAGAUGGUGAAGUCUCUGGCAAAGAAACGAGUCUCUGCCAAGCUUCGCAAGGCUUUGAGAGACAAGCUGAAGACGCAGUCUCUAGGCCAGACUCUAGGCAAGCUCGUGCCUCGUGCGGGCGAGGCCUCUGAAGCCAUCUCUCAGAAGAAAAAGAAGCUCCAGAAGCUCAAGGUCAAGAAGACCGCUGACGGCAAGGCUCUCAUGAAGGCUCUCACGAUGAAUGCUGCCGAGGCUCUGGCACUCCAAAACUCCGACGUCGAAGCUGAAGAGGCCACUCUGGCAGAAGUCACGAAAGGACCUCUGGCGGGCCGGGUCUGUCGGGUCUUGCAGCUCGGCGUCCACUGUGGCAAGGAGGCGACCUGCUCUCACCACAACCUCAGCAAAGGCACGGUGACUCUCCCGUGUCUGGGCGACAGCAUGGCGACUUUGACAUUGCCUGACUCUCUGGUUGUGGAGAAGGAGGCCUCUUGGCUGAAGCCUCUGUCCUGGAAGCACAUGCGGCUCUCUCGUGAACUCAAGCAGAGGGUCCUCCACUCUUGCGGAGGCUCCCAGCUCUUUCUCGAGGAGAGUGUCUACGGGCCGGAGCCGAUUGAGCUCUUGAAGACUCCGCCUCAGAUGCUGCUGGACCAACACAUCCUCUAUGGUUUCGAGCUCCUCCGAUGGCAUUUCAGCCAGGGCUCUGAGAAUUUCUUCUUUGAGCAAGGCAUUCGCAUCGUGGACCCCAAGCUUUCUCUCCAGUACAUCACGAAGGAGUGCUUUGAUGUCUCUAUCGUGGAAAACGCCUUGAAACGCGAGGGUGAGCUCUUCAAGACGCUCUUCGUGCCUGUCUGGGGCCAGGGUGAUGGCCCAAAGCAUUGGACUCUGCUGCACUUGGACCAGGAGUCUGAUGAGGUUCGUAUCAAGUACUACGACUCUCUGAACGAUGAGGAGCCGCACCCUUGCUGCGCUGCGAAUGCCCAGGUUCUGUUGGACUUCCUCUUCCCCGGCAAGACUUUGCCCCAACGUGAAGACUCUCAGAGGCAGAAAUCUGACGAGUGUGGCUUCUAUGUCCUGGCCCACAUCUUCGAGGUGGUAGCUCUCAAGCGAGGGGAAGGCCCCGCGAGCAGGGGCUGGAGCUCUGUGAUCGUCAUGGAUCUCAUGAACUUCCUCAGAACAUGGCUCGGGCAGCUCUCUGGCGAACAAGACAAGCUCCAGAACGAGCAGGCCUCUCGCUUGAAGUCUCUGGAGAAGAGCCGACUCAAGAACCUCAAGGUCUCUCAAGAGCUUGCCAAGAAGGCCUCUGUCGCAGCAGAAGCAGCCUCUCAGGCAGCGAAACUCGCUGCCAAGGUUUUGUCUCUAGGCAAGGAACCUGAGCUCUCUGAUCUUCCUAAGGAACAUCAGGACAAGAUUUCUCAAAUUAGACUCUUUGGCUGCUCCGUCUGCAGUCGUUGCAGAUGGGUCUCUGGCUGCCUCUCUUGCGACGGCCCCAAGGCCGAGCGUUAUUACCUCAACCAGUUAAGGUGCCCUGCUCCCAUGCCACCGGAUCGGCGACUUCAUGAACGCCACCUCGGCGUGCUGGAUCAGUUCCAACGAGAUGUGGAGCAUGCGCCCAUAGAGUUCGUCAAGAUCGUCGAGUCAUGCCGCUAG